AUGCCAAACGAACGAUUAACGAAUAUUAUUUUAAUAAUCUACAUCUUUUCGCAAAAUUUUAUCGGUGGAAAUGCACAAAACAUGACACAUGCAAAUACUACGCGUCUAUGUCGUAAUAAUUGUAAAAUGCCAUCUUUGUCAUUUCAACAGUCCGUCUCAAUUCCAUCAAACUGCGGCAGUGUUUCAUCAUUCUAUGGUUGUAGAGUGACCAUCGAUGUUAAUUAUACACGUCGUACUUAUUCCAUCUCAUUUUCUGCUUAUGAAGAAGACACUUUCGAAAUGACUUCGGUCGAUUAUGAUUAUUCAGUAGAUGAAGCAUUGUACUUGAUGUUCUACCGACGAAUAUUUACCAACACAUUGAUUUUUACCUGUCUCACAGAUGACUACUGCGCGGAUAAAUAUGUGUCUGUUGUUGUGCAGCAAUUAAUUGAUAGUGAAUCGAUUCUUCAAGAGCUAUUACCGCUCUAUUUGGUAAAUUCAACGGAUAAUCGAACAAUUACUUGUAAGAACGGUACAGUCGAUGAAAUAGAAUGUUAUGGCGGUUUUUGUGAAAGUAUAACUGACGGCACAACAAUAUGGGCCCAUCAUAGUUGCAAUUAUCCUAGUGAAUUGAGUGUGUUGUCUACAGUGGAGUUAACAAGUAUAAUGGCAUUUUUUAACAGAUAUCAACCAGAAAAUCUCGACAGUAACCAUAUUAACAACGAUAGAGUAACUUUACUAUGCAACGUGGAUUUGUGUAAUAGUGUUGAAACAAGAAACCGUGGCAACCUUAUUCUUGACCGAUACAAUUUAGCAGCGUUUGGUUUUAUUAAAAAUGAUACUACUAUAGCAACAACAACAAUUGAAAUGAUUCCAUCAACGACUACAUCACCGAGUACAUAUAGCACUGCAUCUCCAGAAAUAUCUAACGCUACCACACGAUCUACUACUGUUCUUCCAGCAACACAGUCUCCGACUAGUCAGAAUACUUUAACAUCGAGUUGUACGACGCCAGAAACAUCAGAUAACGCUCUGCAACCAUGGCACAUCGCACUGAUCGUUAUUGGCAGCAUAGUUCUCGUGGCAAUCAAACAUUGUCGAUCAUUGGGCGAAGGUACAUCGAGAGUAGUUUUGGUUCUAACUGAUAGAUAUAGUAAUUGUGGUACACGUGUUGCUCCACAAUCGGAUCUGUUGUUAAGUGUCUCUAGAGCUAGUGUAUUUACUAUUGGUGUUGGAGGUAGCGUCAACAAUGCUGAACUUUUACAAAUUGCAAAUGAGAAGAAGUACGUUAUGCACGUGCAAAGUCACCAUGAUCUUAUAUCUACUGUGAACAAUAUUACUGUAUACACGUGUGGUAUACCAGCGUUUGUUGUUACAAAUGUCGGCGUUCACACUUCAGUUCCUAAUAACAUCUUCCGAUAUUAUCAAGUUGAUACAACUGAAUUGCUGGCAAGAAACAGAAUUCGUCAAGUAGAUUUAUGCUGCCUAUCACUCGUUUAUUGUUUCUCACCAUCAUUCUAUCGCUAUUCACGUCGACGUAUCACUGCAAGUCAAUUGAAAGCGAUUAUGCCGCGAUGCAAGCAUCCAGGAUAUCUAAGUCAUAUCAAUACCGCGAUGAACGAGGGCUCGAUCAACACUUGCAAUCGAAAAGCAGCAUUUCUUGCACAAAUAGCUCAUGAGAGUAGUGAAUUACUCUACAUGGAAGAACUAGCGUCUGGUGCAGCGUAUGAAGGACGAAAAGAUCUGGGUAACACAGAAAAAGGUGAUGGAAAACGAUACAAAGGUCGUGGUCCGAUCCAGUUAACCGGUCGCGCUAAUUAUCGAGCAGCUGGUAAAGCUUUAAAUUUAGAUUUGAUUAAUCAUCCUGAGAAAGUUAAAACGCCAGAAGUGGGUUUUCGAACAACUGUUUGGUUUUGGACAAAACAUAAACUGAAUGAACUUGCUGAUAAGAAAACGCUUCAAUCUUUUCGAUUGAUUACCCGCCGAAUCAACGGAGGAAGAAUGGGAGAGGCUGAUCGAGAAAAGUACUGGACAAGAGCCAAGAAAGCGCUCGGAUGUUGA